UUUUUAGACAUCAUAUCAUCCAGCUCGGGGCCCAUCUUUAAAGGUAUAGAAGCCCCAAUCAUUCUCAAAGAAGGUUUUUUGAUAAAGCGUGCACAAGGGAGGAAAAGAUUUGGACUGAAAAAUUUCAAGAAAAGGUUCUUUCGGUUGAGCAAUCAGACAUUUUCCUACUCCAAACAUAAAGGUGACAAGCAUAAUUUGUUUGAGAUCCCAGUCACAGACAUCUUAGCAGUGGAGAGACUGGAGGAGGAAUCUUUCAAGAUGAAAUAUAUGUUUCAAGUGGUUCAUGCUGAGAGAGCCCUUUACAUUCAGGCCAAUAAUUGUGUGGAGGAGAAGGAAUG